UUGGACAUAAAUCUCAUGUUUUUGAACCCAUACUCAGCUUGUAACUUAUUCAUAUGUCUUUCCCAGCAAAAGCUACUACCAAUUGUGUUACUUCUAACAAGGUCAUCCUGAGAAGAAAAAAAACAUAAUUUUUUGUUUUCUCUUUUCCUUUUUCUUCAAGAACAUCACCUUUCAUCAUUUUCCCCUCCUCUUCAAACAUGGCACCUUCCACUCAUUACCGUCGUUUAAUCCAAGCAUUGUUUUUUGCUUUGUUUUUCUAUCAAUGCUCAGCACAGUUAGGCACAGCAAUUACAUAUCCUAUUUCCAACGACACUGUCACCCCAGGACAGAAGAUAGAAAUCCUUUAUCAUUAUCAAAACAUGGGCAAUGGUAGUUACACCGUCGAUGUGGAUCUUUGGCAAGAUAAUGCUGUUAGUAUUUUAGCCAAAAACAUUGCUACAGAUGUCAGUGUUCCCAGUGGAUCUUCUGCUGGUACAAAAUUGGAUUUCUCCUUAAACGCCACUUAUACCUGGACCGUACCUAAAGGUCUUAACGAAACCGUCUACUUGACCGUUACUACCAAACCUGACCUUGAAAAUAAGCUUGCCUUCACCAUGCGUUCUCGUCCUAUUGUUCUUCACAUCAAUGCCGGUUUGAAGAACAUGCCUAUUCAAAAGCUUGGCCUUCUUGCUUUAUCUAUUGGUAUCCUUUACUUUGUUGGAUUCUAAAUUCAUUCAUGCUCUACCUAAUAACUACUACAAUAAAUAAUUUUCCCCCAAUGACAAAUGUAUCUAGUGUAACAUCUAAAACUUUUUUUGUAUCACGUGUAAUGGUGUCACACACACACAUACACACAAUUACACACACUCUCACACA